AUGUCGUUAGAAGGAAGAGAUAUCAUCAUUGGCACGAAAUAUAAACUGGGUCGAAAAAUUGGUGCAGGUUCUUUUGGUGAAAUUUACCUGGGCACCAAUAUUAUGAGUGGAGAGGAUGUCGGUGUCAAAUUAGAAAGCGUACGAGCAGCCCAUCCUCAGUUAGAAUAUGAAGCAAGAGUAUACAAGACUUUAGCAGGUGGUGUCGGUAUUCCCUUUGUGAGGUGGUAUGGCCGAGAAGGCGAUUUUAAUGUUUUGGUCAUGGAUUUAUUGGGCCCUUCUAUGGAAGAUUUGUUCAAUUAUUGUAAAAGACGUUUCUCUUUGAAGACUGUAUUACUAUUAGCUGAUCAGUUGUUGUCACGCGUUGAAUAUGUGCAUUCUAAAGGAUUUAUUCAUAGAGAUAUCAAACCUGAUAACUUUUUGAUGGGUAUUGGCAAACGUGGAAAUCAAGUCAAUAUGAUCGAUUUUGGUUUGGCUAAGAGAUAUAGAGAUCCAAAGAGUAACGCUCAUAUACCCUACAGAGAAAACAAAAACCUAACUGGUACACCGCGUUAUGCUAGUGUCAAUACUCAUUUAGGCAUAGAGCAAUCACGGCGCGAUGAUCUCGAAUCACUAGGGUACAUUCUAGUCUAUUUUUGUAGAGGACAGUUACCCUGGCAAGGCAUUCGAGCAAGAACAAAGAAAGAAAAAUAUGACAAGAUCAUGGAAAAAAAGAUGACCACGCCUGCAGACGCAUUAUGCCGUGGUUUGCAUCAGGAAUUUGCAAUAUAUCUCAAUUACGUCCGUUCUUUACGUUUUGAUGACAAGCCCGACUAUUCUUACUUGAGAAAGCUAUUCAGAGAUUUGUUUGUAAGAGAAGGAUUUCAGUACGAUUAUGUAUUUGAUUGGACCAUCCGUAAAUUGCAAGAAAAGAAAGCCUAUCAAACGCCAGACGCUGGGAUGAACCCUUUGAAUACUUAUAUGGCAUCCAACCCUCCAUUUGAUCAUAGCGCUGCUGCUGCCGCCGUUGCCAAUUCCAGGAGAUUAACAAAUACCAUGGCAGCUGGCGGAGGAGCACCGCUUCCUUCUGCUAAUUUAAGGGCUCCUUAUCGUACAGAAACAAAAUCACCUGAAACUUCAAGAAAAUUGGAUGAUGUGAUGCUCCAAUAUCAGCAACAACAAAAAAUGCUUCAGCAGCAUAAACCUACUUACUUUGCAAGUGGCGGCGCUGGAGCUCCCAUGUUGCCCACGCCUCACCAGCAUCAACCAUUGCCACCGCAAACGCAACAUCAGCAACCACCCCCUCCUCAAUUACAGACUCAGAUGACGCCGCAACAAAAUGUACCGCCGCAGUUAGCAUCUCCUACAAUAUAUCCUGAUCCAUAUACAUCACAUCUAGGUUAUCCAAAUGCAUCAGCGGCAGCAGCAGCAGCAGCAGCAGCAGCAGGCGGCAGUGGUGGCGGCCGAAUGCUUGUGAGAGAAAAUAGUCAACACCAACAGCAGCAACAGUUAGGUGGUAAGUAUGAGAGAAAAAGGGUUUUGGCAGAGGAAACCAAUCCAAUUGAACCAAACAUUGCUGAUCCCCUUUUCUCUGUAAAACGUACUCAUUUCCACCCUCCUGCAGGUUCGUCGAGUGGUCGAGUGUAA